AUGUCUUCCUACCAGCCGGCCUUCUCAGCCAUUAAUGUCGAGCCCGAGGACAACCUUGUCGAGGAGGUUGACACAACCCGCGAACUUCACAUAGAGGAGGCACUGAAGCGCUUUCAAACAGCUCUCAAGCUCCACGCCCAGGGGCCAGAACACUUCACCGAAGCCGCAGAAACAUAUCAAGUCCUCUUCGAAUCAGAGAUAUUCCAGUACCCGGAUGCAGUCACCGAAUUUGACCGCGUAGAACAGCAGUCCGACCCUCACCCGGAUGCGACUGGCGGCAGCUCUCUGCACCCGCUCGAGGCUGCGCAGCUCGAUAUUGCGCAACACGAUGUCGAUGGCACUGGAAGUAGCUUGCCACAAGCACUAUACAUCGCCUACAAGAACCAUGGACAGUUUUUGUUGGACACCAUCAAACACCACGCCAAAACCGAGGGCGAGGCAGUUUUUGAACAGAAAGAGACGCGCAAGAAGGCGCGAGAGGCGUUAGGGAACCUCAGUAUUGCUCUCGACCACGAUCCGUCUGAUGCAGACCUUUGGAGACGAACCGCGCGCGUUGCUGCCUUUUUACAAAGCACCAGAGCGAGCAGAUACUGUUUGGAGGCAGCUAUCGAGCUCGACGAUGAUCCCGCCGUAGACGAGGUCGAGCCGCCCUCGCUGGCAGAGGGAUUCGCUGGCGAGCAACUCAAGGAGCAAUUGGAGGUCCUCGGCGAUGAUGUUGCCAAGUCACACCCGAUACUGGCACCAUACUCCCACCGGACCAUGCCAGCGUUUCUAAAGAAGCACCUGGACCCGAUUCCAUUUCUUCCUGACCCCAGCAAGUCUCUUGCUACACCACAUUCUCCACCACCAACUCCAAACGAUACAUUGUCGGAUCAGCUCACCUUACAGGUUGAGGAAUCGUCGUGGGCUGAGCUGGGCAUGACAUUAGUUCGCACCAUGACUGCAAAUGGUGUCUCGGCACGACCCAUAUGGAUUGAGCUGCCAGAUCUACCUAGUAGUCCUGACCCACCACGACAGGCCUUGGUAGAGCGCAUCAAGUCAGUCGACGGCGAUGUAGAGCACGAGUCACAAGCCCAAGCGACCGACAAGCCUGGCAAAAGUGGCAAUCCAGAGGAAGCUGAAGCAAGCCCCGGGGACGGCCAGAAUGGUGCGGUAGCCGUGGCUACUGCAAAGACGCAGCGCAGUGAAUCCGUGAUAUCGAGAAAGCGGUCUCAUUCCGCCGCAGCUAUACCCGACGGUGAACCGGAGGAGGUAGUCGAGAAGAGAAGCAAAAGAACACGCCGAAGAGAGACCGCCGUGGAAGAUACAGGGGACACGCAGCCGAUUUUCGCAGUUCAACUCGAACCAUUCCAGGCUGCUGACAAAAACUUAUUCCAGACUACCAAGAAUCUGGCAGAAAACCUUGGCGUCUCGGAUCCGAGCACACUACAGCGACUCAGUGAAAUCAUUGAGCUUUCCGCUCUGGAACAUCGAACUAUCAAGGUCACAGAGCCAUCCAUGGUUGAUCUCCGGGAUAGUCUGCUCAAGUUUGAAGAAGACCAGGCCAGAAUACUGUUGAACAAGCAUGAAACGUCUUCCAUUGGAUUUUCAUCCUUUCUUGAACACGCAAAGCCCGGAUCUCAACUCAAAACUGAAAUGCCUGCUUUUGAAGAGAGCAGGAACAUCAAGUCUUUUGCGAUAAAAGCCAACGAAGAUGGGCUGGGUAUGCCAGACAUUGCAUUCGAAUGGGUGCAGUCAGUGUUUCGAUCCUAUACAGACUACAAAUGGUCGGAUUCAAUGAAGACGGCCGUGGUUCAAGUCAUUAGUCACUUGGAUGAGGAGAUUUACAGUCGCACAUUGUAUGAGCUGCAGUCUCUGGACACAACACAGAAAUCCAGAGAGGAUGCGACAUCUCUGGAUCAUAUGGUUCAGACCCUCUUUGAACUUCACCUCGAUGUCUAUGAGAGGAUCACGAACCCUAACAGCGCCGUCGACUUUGGGAUUCGAGUAGAGACCAAGGGACGGCUCGGCAGAUGGUUCUCUCUUGCUUCGCAGCUGAGCAGGAACCGUCCUGAGGGGUCCGACAGUACGCUUUCCGCAAGAUUCCUGUGGGCUGUUGUCUUCUCCGUCACACUCACCGAGGGAGUAUCACGCGAGCACGUACUGCAGUGCUGGCAGAGUCUUCGUGAAGCCCUAGCUUCAGACUUUGAAGAUGUCACUGUGGCGUUGCCGAACAAUGCCAUCAUGCCUGAGAUAUCCACGCAAGCGGCCGACCGGGAAAUCAGCAAGCUCACAACCAUGGACUUCUUUCUUGGGCUUUUCCAAGACGAUCUUAGCGAUCCAAUUAGUGUCAUUGACAGCCUGGAACCAGUCCUGAAUCCCGCUGGAGUUUUCACGACGACGACAACGACUGCGACCCAGCCGGAAGGUUCGCCAACACCUAGUGAACAAUUGAGAUCGCCUAGCCAGCGACAGGAUAUUGCAAGCCCAAAACCAAUCACAGAGACCGCAAGCCAGGGUUUGCAUGAUUUGUGGAAGUUUCUGCUCAGCGCCAGCACCGAGCUCCGUCUUUUUCUGUGGAAUCGCUUGGGCGCAGCAUAUCGUGCCAUUACAUACCCAACCAAAGUUUUUUCGUGCAAUCUCAAGGCAAUCGAGAUGGUCGUGGGCGACUUUGAGAGAGAUCCAUAUCUGAGUAUGCCAAUUGCGGAGCGGCGCCCUCUCUUUUUGAAGAUGCUCAAAUUUGUUGACAACUUGCUGGUGCAAUCCCUCUCGAUCGCCUUGAACGAUCCGACGGCUUUUGACAUCAUUGAUGAAGACCACCUCAAUUCUAGUGUUGCGGCGCUGGCAAAGCUCGCAUGCAUUCUGCAUACAGCUCCAAUGUUUGAGGACGAAGUUCGGGUUGGGAUGAGUGCGGCUCCCUCUUCUAGUGCUACAUUCUCGUCAUUUUUCAACAAGCUACGAGAGUUGCAAGUGAGAAAUUGGUCGUUGCUCUACACGCUUCUAAAGUUUGGCGUCCUCCAGAACAAGACUACCUUCAAAACCCCCGAGGCUGAUCUUGCCGACUAUCUUGCUGCUGUGCAUCAAGUCCUCGGACUUCGAAAGUCCUGCAAAGCAUCAAACAAAAUAUUCCUCAAGAUGAUGCGGGUAGAGCUCUUGAAGCAGAAUCUAAUCGACAACUGGGAGGAUUACAUGGGCCAAGUACUCUACGACCUCUAUGGUUUGAAGGGUAUUGGCGUCUGGGAAGUACAAGACCACGGCUGUGCUGCCGAGAAACUGGAGAGGCGCAAUACCAUGGCGCUGGUGGAAAAGAUUUCCGCCCUGGCGAACAGCAUACCCAUGAAGGAUCUUCUCAAGUCAGAUCUCAAGACGACCAUUGAAACCAUGCAACAGGCCAUCGGGCAGACCAAGAGUAACCAGCAAACCAUACACAAUCUCCGCAACUUUACAGAGUAUCUCAGGAGGCCAAUCCACCCGCUACGUUUGUAUCAGGCUCUCAGGGGCAACGUUACCAUUGAUGCUGUUGCAGUUACAACACCAGACAGUGUUCUGGCCAAGCACCAGUGGUUCUUCCUCUUGGGUAUGAUUGCAUUCAGCAAAUUCAAGGGCGUUGAUCUGAAUAGAAGGCAAACCCCGGGCGCUACUGACGACCUCCGCAUGGGCGCCACUUUCCUCAGACAACAGCUUCAAUUCACUCCUGAUCAGUGGAACGCUUGGUUCAGACUAGCUGAAUGCUUUGAUUAUGAGCUCGAUGAAUCAGUCCUCUGGUCUGCAGACAAGAUGAACAAGGAGCGGGCAGAGCUGGUCAAGUACCAACGAAACGCCAUUCACUGCUAUGCCCUUGCACUCUCCAACUCUCGAAAGGUCGGCCCGGACUUUGAGGGCGAGGCUUUGGAGGCAAUUCACGAAUUAUAUCACAAAUUCGCCAUGCGCAUGUAUGCCUCGAGUCGAGGUCCUUUUGACAUGGAGCCUUUCAAACACGCCGACCAGGAGCGCUUUUUCAUCCAGAGCAUGGGUGCUGGAACGUUCAAGAGGAAGAUUCACGAGGAGAUGGAGGACUACAAGGUGUGGAAGUACGCUGCGACCUUGUUCAAGAAGGCUUCUGCGGUGAAGCCAAAGGAAUGGAAAAAUUUCUACAUGUACGCCAAAUGCAUUUGGAAAAUGUUCCAGAAGCCGUAUACGUCUCUGGACCACAAGGACAGGCAGUCCCGCCCGACAGUAGCCGAUGUUCUGAGCGCACUAGAACGGUCCGUCGAGGUCGUGGCUGCGCUGCCAAAGCCAAGAUCCGGUGAUUCAAUCCUCGAGCCGCACUACAAGAUCGUCGCUGUUGUGCACAAGCUUGUACUUCGGGAAGACCUGACCCCUACCGAAGGGGCUGAGAUUCUCCAGCGUCAGCCUUUGGCUGUGAAGAAAGGUUCUCCAGUGGAAGUGGCAACAGCGGAUGAAUGGAGCACCUACAUGAUAGAGUGUCUGCAGCACCUUCGCGAGAAAGACAAGUCGAAUUGGCAGCACCGGAUCAUAAUGCGACACGCCCGCAUCCUGUUUGACGAGACGGCCGAGAACCCAGACCAUGCAGAUGCUUUGGCUGCUUUCGCUGUACUUCAGAAGUCCAUGUUUACCAAAACCAUGGUAAUGAAUGUGUGGAAAUGCGAUGCUGAACGGCCUGGUCGUCAUCACGUCUACACUGAGCAGUACGUUCGAUUCAUGGUGAAAAUUCUGUGUGUCACCAAGGACCGAGUGAACUUUGAGGCACUACUGCGACGCAUCCGCAAGAAGGGUGCCGACUUUUACCAUUUCACCGAGCUUUGGCAGUAUUGCUGUAUUUCAUAUCUUAAGCUGAUACGAAGUCACUUUAAUAUCGAACCUGUCCUCGAGGACGUGUAUAAGAAUGUGUCUCCCGAGGAAUUCGAGAUUAUCACGGAGCGGAUCAGCGAGUGGUCCAUCGACUCGGCCGCAGGCGAGACUCCUGCCUUUGGAGCGCUGAAAGAAACCAUCGAACUCAAAAAGCUCAACUCUGCCCUCAUGAAAGCUGGCGCGAUAGACGAUCUCAUCACGGAUUGCUACACCGCAAUUUACAUGGAAGUUGGCAAGUCACUCCCUGGACCUCCACCCGAGACUCUUAUCCAGGAGCGAGCCGAAGCAAAAGCUCGCGACGAGGAGAAACCAGCAGGUGAAGACGUAGAGAAACCAAGCAAUCCGUUCAGCAUGCUGCUAAAUCCACAAUCUGUAGACAAUUCUGGCACUGAAGCCGGACCAGCAGCAGCUGCACCAGAAGGAGCGGCUCGGCAACGUCGCAUCGGAGUCAGGAGACCGGAUAUUCUCCGAAAGGCGGAACAUGCUGUGAACCGUAAUGUCGAGGGUCCUGUCAAAGCUGUGGGAGGCAAAUCGCUUCGGGGAUCGGUCUCAAGUGGCCGGACGCGGGGAAGCAAAACGCCAAUCGGAGAAGACAGCAAGGACGGCGACAUUGAUAUGGAGGAUGGCGGAGAUGAGAGCAGCGCCCCUGGAAGCAUUCACGACUCUGCAGAUGAUGAAAGUGAUCUUAGUGAUGUGCCAGCCUCGGAGCUAUUGGAUGAAGAGGAGGCCGCCCUCCUAUUUCCAGGACUGGCACGACGUAGUGUCGAUAAUGACACUGAUGAGGAUGGUCAUGAUGAGAGCGGAGAGGAUGGUGGCGAUGAGGAAGAAGAGGAAGAACAGGAGGAUAUUGAAGAUGUCGAAAAUGCCGCAGAUGUCGAGGAUGACGAAGGCAUGGGUGAUGACGAGCACAUGGUUGAACCAGCCGACGACAUUGAAGACGAAGAAAUGGAAGAUGCCGAGGUCUUGGCUGACGAAGAGCAAUUAGGCGAGGACAUCGGAGAAGAGGAUGAGGAUGCAGAAGACGAGGACGAUGAAGGUGAUGAAGAGGAAGCGGAGGAAGCUGAAGAAGUGGAAGAAGAUGAAGAGGGAGAAGAGGAAGAGGAAGAGGAAGAAGAAGAAGAAGAAGAAGAAGAGGUGGAGGAGGAGGAGGAGGAGGAGGAGGAGGAAGAAGAAGAAGAAGAAGUCAUCGAGGAUGCCAUCGAAGCCAUUCCUCUUGCGUGA